AUGAAGGUUAUUAUUGUUGCAUUCGCUUUCUUGGCUGUUGCCUUCGCCGCUCAAUCCGACGAGCAGGCAGAAAUCCUCUCCCAACAAUCCGAAGUUAACUUCGAUGGAUCUUACCAACAUGCUUAUGAAACCGGAAACGGCAUCUCCGCCCAAGAACAAGGUGUCUUGAAGAACGCCGGAAGCAAGGAUGGUGAAGCCGAAGAAGUCCAAGGAUCUUACCAAUACACCGCUCCAGAUGGUACCCCAGUUAAAGUACAAUACGUCGCCAACGAAUUCGGUUUCCAACCACAAGGAGAUCAUCUUCCAGUCGCCCCAACUCCACCACCAGUACCAGCUGCCAUCCUCAGGGCUUUGGAAUACAUCCGUACCCACCCACAACAACCAGAAGUUGUAAAGAAACAUUAAAUUCCUGAUGAUCCGAUUUUCGUACUGAUUUUAUUGAGACUUCUUCAACUCAACUCAUUUU